GUUGCGCUCGUACAAAACAAAAACAAUAAUUGCUCGAAAAUGAAUUUAACGCCGCGCUGCUUUGCGCGGUUGUCCAACAAAUUACGAUAUGGACAAAUCGCAAAUUUGUGUAUUCGCAGCUCGACGUUAUGUCAACAAAUCCAUGCAAACAACGUUCAGCCGGCAGCUCCGGUUAUUCCACAGCCAUGCAGAUUCUACAGCAGCCAAACGGAAGUGGACGCAAGUCUGGACAGCGUUACCUACGAACGGGUCUGCACAAUAACACUGGACUCCCUAACCGACUACUUCGAGGAGCUGACCGAGAACGACACAAGCUUGACCGGCAGCGAUGUGGCCUAUGGCGACGGCGUCUUGACUGUUAAUUUGGGCCACACACAUGGCGUGUACGUCAUCAACCGGCAGACGCCCAAUAAACAAAUCUGGUUGAGUUCCCCCACCAGCGGGCCCAAGCGUUUUGACUUUGUUGGCUCCCGUACCGGCAGCGAAGGCAAGUGGAUUUACAAGCACACUGGAGAAUCCUUGCAUCACCUCCUCCAGCAGGAGAUACCGAAAAUACUGAAAGCGCAGGCUGUGGACUUUAUGCAAUUGCCCUACGGCAGUUAGAAGAGAGGAGAGUGAUCCAUAUAGAAAGAGAGGGAGAUAGAGCAACAACAACCAAUUCGAUUGCAAUAACAAAUACCUUAAAUACAAUUAUGCAGAGUUAUAAACAAAUUAGAAUGAAAAGAAUGCGUGUAUUUUUCUUUUAA